AUGGAGCUGCCUCCCCGUGGCAGGGCGCCGCCGUGCUCCCCGCUGGACAGCUGCUCCCUGACCUCCCUGGACUCCAGCGUCUUCUGCAGCGAAGGGGAAGGGGAGCCCUUGGCGCUCGGGGAUUGCUUUACGGUCAACGUGGGAGGCAGCCGCUUUGUGCUCUCGCAGCAGGCGCUGUCCUGUUUCCCGCACACGCGCCUUGGCAAGCUGGCCGUGGUGGUGGCUUCCUACCGCCGCCCCGGGGGCCUGGCCGCCGUGCCUAGCCCACUGGAGCUGUGCGACGACGCCAACCCCGUGGACAACGAGUACUUCUUCGACCGCAGUUCGCAGGCGUUCCGCUACGUCCUGCACUACUACCGCACCGGCCGCCUGCACGUCAUGGAGCAGCUGUGUGCGCUCUCCUUUCUCCAGGAGAUCCAGUACUGGGGCAUCGACGAGCUCAGCAUCGACUCCUGCUGCAGGGACAGAUACUUCAGAAGAAAGGAGCUGAGUGAAACUUUAGACUUUAAGAAGGACACGGAAGACCAAGAAAGUCAACAUGAGAGUGAGCAGGACUUCUCACAAGGACCUUGUCCCACCGUCCGCCAGAAGCUCUGGAAUAUCCUGGAGAAACCUGGGUCUUCCACAGCUGCCCGAGUCUUUGGGGUCAUCUCCAUCAUCUUUGUGGCAGUGUCCAUCGUCAAUAUGGCCCUCAUGUCAGCUGAAUUAAGCUGGCUCGACCUGCAGCUGCUGGAGAUCCUGGAGUACGUGUGUAUCAGCUGGUUCACCGGGGAGUUUGUCCUGCGCUUCCUGUGUGUGCGGGACAGGUGCCGCUUCCUGAGAAAGGUGCCAAACAUCAUAGACCUCCUGGCCAUCUUGCCCUUCUACAUCACCCUUCUGGUAGAGAGCCUGAGCGGGAGCCAGACCACACAGGAGCUGGAAAAUGUGGGACGCAUUGUCCAGGUGUUGAGAUUGCUCAGGGCUCUGCGCAUGCUAAAGCUGGGCAGACAUUCCACAGGAUUACGCUCCCUUGGAAUGACAAUCACCCAGUGCUAUGAAGAAGUUGGCCUACUACUCCUAUUUCUAUCUGUGGGAAUAUCCAUAUUUUCAACUAUAGAAUAUUUUGCUGAGCAAAGCAUUCCUGACACAACCUUCACAAGUGUCCCUUGUGCAUGGUGGUGGGCCACAACCUCCAUGACUACUGUGGGAUAUGGGGACAUUAGGCCAGACACCACUACAGGCAAAAUCGUGGCUUUCAUGUGUAUAUUAUCAGGAAUUCUUGUCUUGGCCUUGCCUAUUGCUAUUAUUAAUGAUCGCUUCUCUGCUUGCUACUUCACCUUGAAACUCAGGGAAGCAGCUGUUAGACAGCGUGAAGCUCUGAAGAAGCUCACCAAGAAUAUAGCCACUGACUCAUACAUCAGUGUUAACUUGAGAGAUGUCUAUGCUCGAAGUAUCAUGGAGAUGCUUCGAUUAAAAGGCAGAGAAAGAGCAAGUACCAGAAGCAGUGCAGGAGAUGAUUUCUGGUUUUGA